AUGGCCCGGGGGGAGGUGCUCCUGCGGGGCACCUCUUCCUUGGACCAGCUGUGGCGCAUCCUUGGUGCACUGCCGGGACCCUGGCCGCCUCUGCUGGCAAGAGCAGUGGAACACCUGCGGGCGCUGGACCCCGCAGCCCUGGGACACAAGGUCCCCCAGGAGCUUCUACGGCCCAAGCAGCUGCCGGGCCCGCCGCUGCUGGAGCGCCUACGUGGCUGCGGCGGUGGAGUCAGCGGUGGUGGUGAAAGCAGCGGCGGCGGCGGCGGCGGCGGCGGCGGUGGUGGUGGUGGUUCUGCGCCGCUGGAGCCCGCGCUCGUGGAUUUCAUUAUGGCGUGCUUGCGGCUGGACCCGGAGGCUCGGCUGACGGCAGAGGAGCUACUGCGUAUGCCGUUCCUAGCGGACGUGGGCGAGGUAAUCGCUGGCAAUCCUGUGCUGAAGGGGCUCUUUGAUGCACUGGCAGAGGAGAUGGCAGAGGCGAAGGCGAAGGCGAUGGCUGCAAGCGAUAGCGCUGGCGGAGCUGAGCGGGAAUUGGCGAUGACGAAGCUUCGAGACGAUGACGAAGCGCCUCUCCGCGAUGGCGCUUGGGCCAUGUACGGCGCCGUGGCAGAUCCUACCGCACCUGGUCAGGCUCGGAGCUGCGGGAGUGCCGUACAGGGCAUCUGCCAGGCGCGGGAGCAUCCGAGCAUCGGGGCUCAGCUUCCGCCGCCGCCGCCGUCUUCGCUGGCGGCAGCGGUGGUGGCGGCGGCGGCAGUGACAGUGCCGCCGCCGCCGCCGCUGUCUCUCGGAGAGCAUGUGACGGUGGCCAUGGCGGAGGAUACCCAUCUUCUGCAGGAUGUACGGUCGCCAGCGGGUACGACAGUGUCCCGCCACCGCCGCAGCUUGUCCGCCGGCAGUCGUAUCGAGGCACAGGACUCAAAGCUUGACGGCACACGGACGCUAUGGCGAUGGCCGCUGGCGCAGGCUGGUGAUAGGCAGGUCACAGCGGCAGCAUGGCCGUCGGACUUUGGGAUGCUAUCCUCGGGCCCCAGCGGUGCACUGGUGCAGUCGAGCGAGGCGCCGUCGCUGACGUCAGCGGCUCCACCGACAACACCGGCGCCGCCGACGCCAGGCAAUCGCAAGUUGAUGGCGCCGGGAACAGCCAUCUCCCAGCAAGUCUUGCCGCCGCCACCGCCGCCGCCGCCGCAACCGCAGUACCAGCAGCCGUACUCCGCGUACAGCCAGGACGAUCCCCUGUAUUGCCAAGAUGUUUUGACACCGGAGAAUGCGUUUUGGAUAGGAGCUGCAGUCACUGGUUAUGGAGGCGGCGCAGCUGUACGACGCGUCGUCAAGGGCCCAUCGCCUUUGCCGCGUAGCGCGUGGUCGCAGUCAGGCUACUAUUGGGGCACCGCCGAAGUCCUGUCGUACAGCGGCUGUAGCGCCCCUCAAUUCCAGCACGCGUCCCAACGGCAUAACGGGCCCGAUACCUGUACGGCUUAUGUAGCGGAGGCGGCAGUAGCGGCGGGUGUGGAACCCGCAGGCGCCCGUGGUGCCAACGGCAGCUUCAAACAGCAACUGCGGUCUACUGUGGAUAUGUACGGAAACAUUGAGGAAAACAAUUAUGCCGCGGCCGGCACCGGCAAGGACUUCCCGAGGGUGGAUGCUGUCAAUGGAGUAGGUGCCAGAGGGCAUGAUGGUGUUGAUGGCGAUAGCGGUUACCACAGCGCCUCACUAAGCCUCCGCCACACCCCACAAGCGCCACAGCGGUACGAAUCUGUGGAGGUGCCUGCUAGCAUUGGCGGAAGCGGCGACAUGGUCGAGUACGGCCGCGGUGGCGGCGGUGGCGGCGUCGAACCUCGCCAUGCCGCCGUGUUAGCAGCUUGGAAAGCUCUCUUUAACGACAUCCCCGAUGCCAGCGGCAGCGACGGCGACGGCGAUGGCACCGUAUGUUCUGUCUCAUCGGAGUUCCCUUCUUUGGAUCUCAACGACGGCGGCGCCAAUAACUACAAUCUUGGAACUCUCAAACACCACAACCACCAUCGCAAUCACCAGCUAUGCGCCACGGGAUCACAUCGCUGGCGGCGGACUUGUCUGGGCUACGUCUCCGCAGCUGGCGUCGCAAUCCCGUAUGCGGGUGCAUCUCUCCCCGCGGGGUCGGCGUUGGCGGCAGCUCCGGUGCCGCUGCCGCUGCCGACGGGGCCGGCGGCAGCAGGCAGCUGUGCUGCAACUUCAGGGCUGGCGAUGGACGAGGAGGCGAUUGUCGGCAGCCUUCCUGUCUCUCUUGGGGCGCCCUGCGGCAUGGACUGUAUUGCCGAGGAGGGCGCGGCCUGCGGCUCCUCCGGGCAGCAAGCAGCUGCGGCGCUGGAAGGCGUAUUUGACGUCAGCGUCGGCGUCGGCGAUGGCGACGGCGCACACGUCCAGGCCCGUUCGUACGGCAUCCACAGGUCGCUUUGCGACUCGGAUGAUGCAUGGCUCGAGGAGAUGGCGGCGUGGCGUGAGUGCGACGACAGCAAGACGGCGGCGGCAGGGCACUUUGGCACGACAGAGGCUGCAGCGGCGGCGCGCCCGCUAAAGUUGACGUCGCCUAAUAUCAACUUCCGCUGCAGGGGCAGCAAGCGCAGCGACAGCGGCGGCGGCGGUCACUGCCGCCGCUCAAUGCUUCCUUUGCGGUGUGUCGAAAAACGGGUCCUCAUCACCAUCCUCAUCCUCACCAUCCUCAUCACCAUCACCAUCCUCAUCUGCCUGAUGGGGGCGUUCAGUAGCGGGCAAAGGCGUUUUAUUGGCCAAAAAAUGGCGAUGGCUGUAUGUUGCGGAGGAAGGCACCGCGCGCGCAAGGGCUUGCACACGCCAUGUGUUUGA